CUUACCUGAAGCAUUUGGCACUGUUUUUUCUUCCAGUCGGUGAUCCGUUCGCCUCGAGUCACUGCUGGUGUACUAUAUUGUAGUGCCUACUGAAACCUGUCUGUCUCUCCGCUCAACACACCGCACUCCCCCGAGUCUCCCGUGCUCUGAGAAGAAAUAAAACACAGAGCCACUCAGCCCCCACUACUCCUCCAUAUCCACACCCCGCCACCAUGCUCUCGCGACUACACCUCCGGCCCGCUGCGGCAAAGGUUCUUACCGCGAAGAAUGUUGCACGGACGUUUGCAGUGUCCGCUGCUCGGCGGUCAUCGAGCUCGAGCGGCAUAAACAAGUCCUCGGCGCACAUCACUCAGCCCAAGUCGCAGGGUGCAUCGCAAGCAAUGUUGUAUGCGACUGGAAUGAACGAGCAGGACAUGAACAAGGCGCAGGUCGGCAUCUCAUCGGUGUGGUACUCGGGCAACCCUUGCAACAUGCACCUGCUGGACCUGAACAAGAAGGUCAAGGAGGGUGUUGAGAAGGCCGGUCUGGUCGGAAUGCAGUUCAACACCAUCGGUGUGAGUGACGGAAUCUCCAUGGGCACGAGCGGUAUGAGGUACUCGCUGCAGUCGCGCGAUCUGAUUGCGGAUUCUAUCGAGACCGUGAUGGGAGGACAAUGGUACGACGCCAACAUUUCUAUUCCUGGAUGUGACAAGAACAUGCCGGGUGUGGUCAUGGCCAUGGGCCGUGUCAACAGGCCCUCCCUCAUGGUCUACGGAGGAACCAUCCAGGCCGGAAAGGCCGCCUGCCAAGGUGGUGCUCAGAUCGAUAUCGUCUCUGCUUUCCAGGCAUACGGACAAUACAUCACCAAGGAUAUUAACGAGGAGCAGCGAUUCGAUAUCAUCCGCAACGCCUGCCCCGGCCCCGGUGCUUGCGGCGGGAUGUACACCGCCAACACCAUGGCUACAGCCAUCGAGUCCAUGGGUAUGACCCUUCCCGGCUCGUCCUCCAACCCUGCCGAGUCCCAGUCCAAGCUGGACGAAUGUCUCGCUGCCGGUGUUGCCAUCCGUACCCUGCUGGAGAAGGACAUCAAGCCUCGCGACAUCAUGACGCGCGCCGCAUUCGAGAACGCCAUGGUUGUCGUCAACAUCACCGGAGGCUCUACCAACGCCGUUCUUCACCUGAUCGCCAUCGCCCACAGCGUUGGAAUCAAGCUCACCAUCGACGACUUCCAGAAGGUCUCUGACCGCACUCCCUUCCUUGCUGACCUCAAGCCCUCCGGCAAGUACGUCAUGGCCGACAUCCAGGGCAUCGGCGGAACCCCCGCUCUCCUCAAGUACCUCCUCCAGAACGACCUGAUCGACGGCAACAUCAUGACCGUGACCGGCAAGACCCUGGCCGAGAACGUCGAGAAAGUCGAGGGCUUCCCCGCCGACCAGAAGAUCAUCCGUCCCCUGUCGGACCCGAUCAAGCCUACGGGCCACAUCCAGAUCCUGCGCGGCUCGCUCGCCCCCGGCGGCUCCGUCGGCAAGAUCACCGGAAAGGAGGGCCUCCGCUUCGAGGGCAAGGCGCGCGCCUUCGACGGCGAAGACGCCUUCGUACAGGCUCUCGAGCGUGGCGAGAUCAAGAAGGGCGAGAAGACCGUCGUCGUCAUCCGCUACGAGGGCCCCAAGGGCGCCCCGGGAAUGGUCGAGAUGCUGAAGCCGUCGUCGGCCAUCAUGGGUGCCGGCCUCGGCCAGGACGUGGCCCUCAUCACUGACGGCCGCUUCUCUGGUGGCUCCCACGGCUUCCUCAUCGGUCAUAUUGUCCCCGAGGCUCAGGAGGGCGGCCCGAUUGGACUCGUCCGCGACGGCGAUAAGAUCAUCAUCGACGCUGAGAAGCGGGUCCUCGACCUCAUUGUCGACGAGGCGACGCUCGCCGAGCGGAGGAAGGAGUUUAAGCCUAAGCCCCUGAAGUACACCCAGGGCACACUGUACAAGUACACCAAGCUGGUGUCUGACGCCAGUCACGGAUGUGUCACUGAUCUGUAAAUCGGCGUGGGCGUGGGCGUGGGUGGGGGUGGGUUGUAUACAGCAUGACGGGAUAAAAAAUGUCGAAUAUAGGCAGGAGUUUUUGCUUUGUUUUGGUAAGAUAGUAGGAAGUAGUAUGAUAUGAUGCAUGA